AUGAUAUACCUGCCCGUGUGUGGAGACGACGGGAAAACAUACAGCAACGAAUGCCAAAUGAAGUGUUCUGGCGUGACCAAAGUGUCCGAUGGAGAGUGCCCGCCAACACCGUGUAUUUGUCCCAGGAUAUAUCUGCCCGUGUGUGGAGACGACGGGAAAACAUAUAGCAACGAAUGUGAAAUGAAUUGUUCGAGUGGCGUGACCAAAGUGUCCGAUGGAGAGUGCCCGCCAACACCGUGUAUUUGUCCCAGGAUAUAUCUGCCCGUGUGUGGAGACGACGGGAAAACAUAUAGCAACGAAUGUGAAAUGAAUUGUUCGUAA